AUGACUGAGCACAAGCACGAUCAUGGACAUGGGCACGGUCAUGGGCACGAUCACCAUCACCACCAUCAUGGUGAUGCUUUAUCCUUUACAUGAACUUUUACUUAUGCAGCUAAAGCAUGGAAUCACCCCGAAGGCAAACUAUUGAUUACAUUUGUAUGUGUUUUAAUUGGAUCAUGCAUAUUCGAAAUUGCAAGUGGGACAUUUAACAGUGAUAGUCGUUUAGUAUCUGAUGGAUUUCGCAGCGGGUUCCAUGGGCUUAGUGUCUACGCUGGAUUGAUUGGUUUAGCCUAUGGUUUGAACCAUGAUAAGCCAGAUAAAAAAUGCACAUUUGGCUAUGAUCGAACACAAAUUGUUGUAGCAUUUGGAAAUGCUAUUUUUGGGUUUUUUAUUGGGAUUUUUGAACUAUUAGAAUCAAUGCAUGAGCUAGCAAAUGGCCCUAGAGCUCAUACAGGCACUGACUCACUAUUUUUACUAUUUUUUAAAGUGAUAUUUGAAGCUUUUAUAUAUGUCAACAUACGAAAGUUUAUGGAUAAUAAUGGCAACAGGCCUCCUAUCUAUGAUAACUUAGGCGUUAUUGCAAUACAGUGCUUUAGUGCCUUUGUGAGUGAAUCUCUGUACUUAAUAAGUACAUUUCUCAAUUUGGAAGAGGCGAUUUUUCCAUUUUAUUGCAUAGAGCCUCUAUUAAAUUCUCUAUGAACAAUCAGCACAAUUUUCAUGCUGAAGCCUUAUUUAUUCAGGAAUGGGAAUAUUUUAUUGCUCAAAUCACCAUUAGGAAAGGCUAAGGAUUUAUUAGUGAAAAAAGAAAGAGAAGUUUCAUUGAUUGAAGGUGUUCAGUCAAUAAAAUCUGAAAAAGUCUGGAUGCUCACUGCAAAUUCGCUUGUAGGUGCCAUCAAACUUUCAAUCCAUGAAGGUUCUGAUCCAUCAGUCAUAAUACAAAAGACCCAUGAAAUUUUGAGCGGAGUUAUUGAGCAUUUGAAUAUUGAAGUUUUUAUUGAUAAAGACAAUGGAAAAAAUAAAGAAAAAGUUUUAGAAAAGAGCCAACAUAAUAACAUAGAAGUAGUAGCUUUAUAA